AUGUCUGAACCCGCUCCAGCAGCGACAAUUAAGGCACAGCCUCCAAGCCCACAAGAUCACCUCAAACCAUUUCCACCAGUAUCUCCCACAAGAUCGCAGCUCUUGAACCCAUUGAACCCGGAGGCGACCCAGAACGGAAUCGCGCACACCGAAGAUAAGCAGCCCAACGACUCAACCAGCACCGACUCAACCAUCCCACCACUCCCAACCGUGAUCGCGCGCAUCCACGCGCGCGUGCAAGAAUUCCUAACCGAGACCCACCCGGCCGACUCACUGCUCGCCUCUGUGCAACGGCAAACGCGGAUCUCCCUCGAAGUCGUGAGGGCCGCGCUGAAGCGAUACAAGCUCUCAGAGCUCUCAGUCUCCUACAAUGGCGGCAAGGAUUGUCUAGUACUGUUAAUUCUGUUUCUGGCGGGACUGCACCCAAGCACCGGCAAUGACUCAAACAUCACACCACCCUCCCCCACAGACCUGGAAGCCGAGGCGCAAAUAGCCGCGGCGACUUUCAUCCCGUCGAUCUAUGCGCUUCCGCCGGACCCCUUCGAUGCUGUCGAGGAUUUUGUUAUCACUUCUGCUGAAGCUUAUCACCUUUCCAUUACAAAGUACACCACUGCGCCGCCGGCAUCGACACUUCGCUCCAGUUUUGAGGAUUAUUUGGCGCGGCACCCGGGGGUCCGGGCGAUAUUUGUUGGCACACGGCGGACGGAUCCGCACGGCGCACAGCUGACGCACUUUGAUCGGACGGACGGGGGCUGGCCUGACUUUAUGCGUGUGCAUCCCGUGAUUGAUUGGCAUUAUGCGGAGAUUUGGGCAUUUAUUCGGCAUCUGGACUUGAGAUACUGUUCGCUUUAUGACGAGGGCUAUACCAGUCUUGGAGGUACCUCCGAUACCCAUCCCAACCCAAAGUUGCGGCGUGAGGCUCAGUCUGAUGGCGAAUAUCUUCCUGCGUACCAACUCACCGAAGAUGUGGAGGAAAGACUUGGGCGCAAUUGA